AAUACAUUUACAAUUAUUAUUCAUAGUAAUUUCGGGGGAAAAUGGCUUCCUCCCCUCGCACCGUCGAAGAGAUCUUCAAAGACUAUAACGCUCGACGCUCUGCUCUUGUUCGUGCUCUCACUUACGAUGUUGAUGAUUUCUACUCGCAAUGCGAUCCAGAUAAGGAGAACUUGUGUCUUUAUGGACACCCAAAUGAGGCCUGGGAGGUAGCUUUACCAGCCGAGGAAGUUCCACCCGAGCUCCCUGAGCCGGCCUUGGGUGUUAAUUUUGCUAGAGAUGGGAUGAACCGUAAAGACUGGCUUUCGCUGGUUGCUGUGCAUAGUGAUUGUUGGUUGCUCUCUUUGGCUUUCUACUUUGGAGCUCGACUUAAUCGUAAUGAGAGGAAGCGCUUAUUUAGCAUAAUAAACGAACUUCCCACUGUCUUUGAAGUGGUAACUGGAAGGAAGCCGGUGAAAGAGAAACCCACGGUUGAAAGCGGAAGCAAAUCCCGGAACAGCACUAAGAGGUCAAUUGAUGGACAGCCAAGAAGCAAUCCUAAGUUAGCUGAUAAUAGUUACGAGGGGGAUGAAGAAGAGCAGAGUGAUACCUUUUGUGGGAGCUGUGGAGGAGGAUACAAUUCCGAUGAGUUUUGGAUCGGUUGUGACAACUGUGAACGGUGGUACCACGGAAAAUGUGUGAAGAUAACACCGGCAAAGGCGGAAACGAUUAAGUUUUACAACUGCCCUUCUUGUCAAAAGAAGGUAAGGCAAUAGCCGUCAAUGGAGGGGUUAACCCUGAUCGGUUUUAUUCACCGAUGUUGUUGUUGUAAAGCAGCUAUGUCGAAUGAAUGCGUAAUCCCGUUGUUACGAGUCUGUCCUUGAUCUAAAGUCGAUCACUUCGGUUCUUUAGGUACAUUAAUAGUAUGUAGUUUCAUACAUAUGGAUGAUAUGCUUAGGGUUUAUAAUCAUGUUCGGUUUUAAUGUUU